AUGGCCUCGGCAUGCGUCAACAACAUCGGCAUGUCGCCGGAGAAGUUUCCGCCGGCGACGUACCCGUCGUACGGAUGGCUAAGCCCUAGAAUCUCAUUUAGCCGCGAGUUUCCAGACGAAGAAGCUUCGAAACUUGCCGGAUCAAAGUCGUCGUCUCCGGCGAAGAACCUGCCUGCCGGUCCAGAUCCGGAGACCUCCGCCGGCGAGUUUGAGUUCCGGCUCGAAGAUCCGGUGGCAAUGCUCCCUGCGGACGAGCUAUUCUCCGGCGGGAAGCUCAUGCCUCUCCAGUUCUCCUCGGUCAAAGCUACGGACCCGUCCUUGACGGAGAUCAGAUUGCCGGAUACGGCCAUGUAUCACCGGAGACCCGAACUCUCCGGUGCCGACCCGUACCUGUUCUCUCCCAAGGCCCCCAGGUGUUCGAGUCGGUGGAGAGAGCUCUUGGGCCUAAAGAAGCUCUACCAGAACAGUAACCCCAACGGUCACGCGAAGAGCGAGGCUCAGAAAACGACGUCGUCGUCCUCGAGCACAAACGCGCCUAAAUCUCUGAAGCAUUUCCUUCACAGAAGCUCAAGGUCCCUGUCCUCUUCCUCUUCUUGCUCAGACGCUUCGCUGAGCUUGCCCCUGCUAAAAGACUCGGAUUGCGAAUCGGUCUCGAUUUCGUCGCGCCUCUCUCUCUCGUCCUCCUCCUCGGGCCACGAGCACGAGGACUUGCCGCGACUCUCGCUGGAUUCGGACAAACCGAACCUGAACCCGAUCAUUUCCAUUCACCGAACCAACCCGAAACAGGCGCGGGUCCGGACGGUGAAGACUCGCGAAACGACGAAGCAGAGAUCGCCGGCAGAUCAGCCGAGGGUGGGCAGGAGCCCGAUGAGACGGCCGGUGGGGGAAUCGGUUACAGUCGCGAGCAGGGGCGUAUCGGUGGACUCGCCGAGAAUGAACUCAUCUGGAAAAAUCGUGUUUCAGAGCUUGGAGCGGAGCUCCAGUAGCCCGAGUAGCUUCAACGGUGGGCCCAGGCUGAAACACAGAGGCAUGGAGCGUUCCUACUCGGCCAACGUCAGAGUGACGCCGGUUCUCAACGUUCCGGUCUGUUCGCUUCGCGGGUCGUCCAAGUCGGGGUCGGUUUUCGGGUUCGGGCAGCUGUUCUCCGCCCCGCAGAAGAAGGAAGGGAACAGCGCCGUUUCAGGCCACAACCGGAGCCAACACAGUCAUUAUAGUCACCAUAGUCAAAGUAAGAACCGGAGUGACCGAACCUGA